AUGGAUGGAACCUUACUAGGAAAAGAUCUAAGAUCUAGCUGCUGUCUUCUGGCUACUACUGCUGUAAUGCUAUUUGAUCUAUUUGGCUUUAUAAUAAACAAAAACAAUAAUCCAAGCAUAGGCAAUGUUACAUGGCACAAGAUUAUAGGUACCUUCUGUAUAUUUACUGAAAUUGGGGGAUUGACCGUAACUAGAUUUACUAUGUAUUACAUUAUCGGAAUAGCUAGUUCCCAAGAUAAUUUUAAUUGUCCUGAUAAUAUUAAUUUGAAAAGUGUUCGAACCUCAGCUAUUUUGAUCACUAAUGCACAAUUUAUCAUCUAUCUAUAUUACAUCAUCGUUUUAAUAUGGGUUAUGAAAAUUUAUAAUUUGGGUCCAAGUUCUUCAAUUAGAGAGACUGGAAGCGAUGGCAUCAUCAGGCCGCAUCGUUUACGUGAGAAAGAUUUGCAAGCCAAUAAUGAUAAUUAG